GUCAGCCUGUCGAGCGCCUGCGCAGCGAAGCAGUUGGUGUUUUGUUGACAUGUCUGCCGCUGGUCUUUAAUGAUUGCUCCUGCGGGUUCUGCUGUCAGAGAGCGUACUCCUUUCACGACCCCACCUGAUGGAAAACCCCAGAGACCUGGUGGAGCGUCAGUCCCGGAAGCGGCGGGACUCGUUCGGAAUGCUGGACGGUCUGGAUGAGGACCGGAGCAGCUGCAGCACCGAGUCCAGCGGGGGGAGCGGCGCCUCUAGUCCCGAGGACAGCGAGGACGAAGAGUUAGGAGGAGGGGUCACUCAGCUAAACCCCUCCUCUUCACUGACGCUCAUCAAGACCAACGGUCAGGUGUACACGUACCCCGACGGGAAGGCCGGCAUGGCGACCUGUGAGAUGUGCGGCAUGGUCGGCGUCAGAGACGCCUUCUACAGCAAAACCAAACGUUUCUGCAGCGUCUCGUGCUCCAGGAGCUACUCAUCCAACUCCAAGAAGGCCAGCAUCCUCGCCAGGCUGCAGGGAAAGCCUCCUACCAAGAAAGCCAAGGUUCUGCAGAAGCAGCCUCUGAUGACCAAACUCGCCGCCUACGCUCAGCAGCAGGCCAACCAGCAGGGCGGGGUCAAGAAGAGCGGUUUUAAGGCUUUGCUGAGAUACGAGGGCUUCGACUGCGACUCUACACGAGACUUCUGGUUGAAUCUGUGCGUGCCAGACAUCCACCCGGUGGGCUGGUGUGCUGCUGGAGGGAAACCUCUGGUCCCCCCUCAGUCCAUCCUGCACCGCUUCUCCAACUGGAAAACGUUCCUGAUCAAGAGACUCACGGGCUCCAAAACUCUGCCGCCAGACUUCGCCUCCAAGGUGCAGGAGAGCAUGCAGUUCCCCUUCAAGAAACAGAUGAGGGUGGAGGUGGUGGAUAAGACUCACCUGUGCCGGACUCGAGUGGCUCUGGUGGAACAGGUGAUCGGCGGUCGUCUCCGGCUCGUGUACGAGGAGUGCGACGAUGGGACCGACGACUUCUGGUGUCACAUGUACAGCCCUCUGAUCCACAGCAUCGGAUGGUCUCGAUCCAUUGGACACCGCUUCAAACGAUCCGAUGUGUCGAAGAAAUUGGACGGUCAGAUGGACGCACCUGGACAGCUGUUUGCCAAAGUGAAGGAAGUGGAUCAGAGCGGCCGCUGGUUCGAAGAUGGGAUGAAGCUGGAGGCCAUUGACCCUCUGAAUCUGUCUGCAAUCUGCGUGGCCACAGUGAGGAAGGUCCUGGCAGACGGGUACCUGAUGAUCGGCAUAGACGGCUCGGAGGCGGCCGAUGGCUCGGACUGGUUCUGCUAUCACUCCACGUCUCCCUCCAUCUUCCCCGCUGGCUUCUGUGAGAUUAACAACAUCGAGCUGACGCCGCCUAGAGGUUACUCCAGUCUGCCCUUCAGAUGGUUUGAAUAUCUGAAGGAGAGCAAGUCUGUGGCUGCACCGGUGAACCUGUUCAACAGGGACGUCCCCAACCACGGGUUCCGCCCCGGUAUGAAGCUGGAGGCCGUCGACCUCAUGGAGCCGCGGCUCGUCUGCGUCGCCACCGUCACGCGCAUCGUCCACCGGUUGCUACGGAUACACUUCGACGGCUGGGAGGACGAGUACGACCAGUGGGUGGACUGCGAGUCGCCCGACCUGUACCCGGUGGGCUGGUGUCAGCUGACCGGCUACCAGCUGCAGCCUCCGGCUGUUAACGCAGGCUCCAGAGACCUGCAGUCAGCAGCAUCCAGACAGAGGAAGAAGUCUCAGCAGUACAAAGGACAAAAGAAAAAGAGGAAGCUGCCCAUCGCUAAGCGACCCGUCAGCCUCUCCGGCACCAUGGUAACAGGCGUCCCCAGGAGCCUAUCGGGAGACGAGAACGAGACUCCGCCCGAUUACCCGUCACCCCCUCCUCCGGCCUCCGCGGCCCAGCCGCCCUCUGCCGACCUGGAGAGCAGCCCCCGCACUGAGGGGGGGGCAGGAGUCAGAGAGGAGAAUGCCAGAGCGCCCGAGUUAUCUUCUCACAGGACUGAAGCAGAAACACACAGAUCCUCCGCAGACUUCCUCAGCAGCCGGGACCAGCAGUAGGCCGCCUCCAUCCUGCUUCCCCUCCCACAAACAUGUGAAAUCGUCUACUGGUGACCUCCAACAUUGGACCACUCCUCCUAACCUUUCAUUUAAAGAACUCUGUGUUCUUUAGCUGUGUUUGGUGAACUGCCAUCUGAAAAUUGAACCCUGCUAGAGAAGAAGACGCCGCAGGACAGUUAAAACAACAAACAGCUUUUAUAUGACAAUUUUUCCAACGCCCAGAUCUCCACUGUUUGUAGUUGUUCGUGUUCUAACGUUAAAACUGUUGAUGUAGUCAUAAAAACACUGUUUCAGUGUGAGCGGCUGGAGUAACGAGGAUGCCAAGGAAGAAAGAUCACUUCUUGAAGCUCCGCCCACAGGUUUGCAGCAUUUAUUUUUAUGGUAAAACGGAGCAUCGGUCACGAUAGACGCUGAAGCAGAUCAGAAAAUCCACCGAGCUGCUGGAAGGAUCAGCCAAACGUGACGUUUUCUUAAAGCUUUCUUUGUUUUGAUGAUUUUAAAAUGUGUUUGAGUUUCAUCGAGACGGCUAAACGUCCAAUCACAGCCGCAGCUUCACAGGAUCCUUGGGGUUAUUUCAGCCUGUGCUGAAUCCACACGGCCCAGGUAAAGACUGCAGAGUUAGACAAGCCAGCGUGGCGUUAAUGGAAGAUGUAGCGGUCUGCAGUAACGCUCGGUCCUGGAUUCAUUACUGCUCUGUUUAUUUCCAUCACCAUGUUUUUAUGGUGUUACAUUAGCUUUGCAUGAUUCAGAGUUCAUAAUAACUCUUCUUUAUCUUAUGCACCAUCUCAGUUCCUCCUCUCUCUGAUACAAGCUGUUUUAGCCCCACCCCCUUUUGACACGACGUUCUUUGAUUGGCUGCCCCUCUGUGUGACAUCACACAGAUCCAAACGUAGAAAAAAACUGAGUUUACAGCCUUGGCCAAAGGCACUGUUGACCACACUGAUGUCUUCAUCAGAAGUACUUCAGCAGCUAAAAACCUACAAAAGUACAUCGUCGUUACGCAGUAUGGAUACCUCAGAAAAGUAUAAACAAAAUUAAGAUUUUUGGGUUAAGAAAAUAUAUUUAAAUUGUAAAAUGAGUAUAUUUGAUUUAUUUUAAAAUCUAUAUGUAAUAGAAGACGAUCAUGGUACUUGAAUUGAUCAAAUCGAGCGUGGAGGGACGCUCUGAGUGAGGGGGACGGCCUGAAGUAGCUUUUAAGCUAACAGAUGUCUAAAAAUGUCCAAAUGUUCCUUUAUCUGUGUUUUUUACUCUGCAGGCAGUGAAGUGUACGUUGACAAGGAUAUAAGUCCAAAAUAAGCUGAAAGCAUAUUUGUGGAGCUGCACAAACACACAGAUGUUAAAGAGCUGAAGCUACAAACGUAACAUCUGCUCAAACACAACAACUUUACGUAUUUUCUAAACUUUGGAAACAAUAAUGGGAAAAACUCAUAUUAAUGUAAUCCUGACUUGUAUGCGAGUAUGCUACAUUACUAGUUACUUAUUUUACCUUUCAGUGUUAAACUUUUGCUCUUUAAUGUUACACUCUUUCCCACAGAAAGUUUUUUAUGUUUUUAUAUUGUUUAAUUUAUUUUUUUUAAUGCGUCACAAAUUUGCCGUCUCAUAGUUUUGACUUUAUCUGUCGACGUGUUCGAUUUCUCUGUUCCUGCUUUUGUCUGUUUUAACCCUGAUCACACAAACUUGAUUCUCGUCAGUUUUAAUUUCUCUUGUAAGUAAAUCUUUGUCAAAUUGAGCUUCAGUACCAGCGAAGAACCGACUGAUGGUUUUUAAUCAGCUUCUUUAAGAGAGGCAUGAAUAUUUUUGCAUUUUGAAGUUUCUCACUUUCAAAGCUUUUGAUUUAAAAAUAAUUUGUAAAAUAUUUUCUUAGUUUAGUUUUUUGUCAUGACAUGCUUCAGCUCCUCAGUGUAUUGGAUUUCAUAAUAUUAUGAUAUAUUAAAAGUGUAACUCUCCCGGCGUUACCCCAGUAAGACAAAACCAGUUACUCAUUAUUAGCUCAUAACAUAAACUCAGACUUUAGUUUCUUAAUUUUGCCUUAAUAUGUAAUAAUUUCACGUCAUAGACACAGUUUUAACGUACUGCAUUUAAAAAACUAAAAAUGAAACCGUUUACUUUGAUACAUUUUUUAAAAAGUGUCUACAUUUAUAUUUGUGUUGUUUUGUGUGAGCUGUUUGAUGUGUGUUGCAGUCGUCUCACAGAUCCGUCGUUGAGACUCGAGUCUUACGCUGAGCUGUGAGCGUCUGCGCACUGAACCCGUUUCUAAACUCGCACUGCUGUCCGUGUGCUCGUGUUCGUUUAUAUGUGUGAAUCUAGUAUCGCAGUUCUACGUGUAUGAUGGUGCUGUCUGUAGGUGACGCCUUUGAUAAUGUUUUUAUGGAUUGAUUUUGACAAACUGAGUCUGGUGAACAAGUUGUGUUUGUACUAGGUUUUGUAUUCAGAGGUGAAAGUGAAGUGGGUCGCCGGUCUUCCACGCCAGUUUGUGAUAUUGUCAUGUGUGAUUAUCCCAGUGGGAGGAGAAGUUGUGGUUUAUUAUUGUGGAAACUGUGGGAUUUGAAGCCGUUUCUUAGACUGAGAAUUGGGACCUAAAGAUGAUUUGAGCGUUUGGAGGCUGAUGCUGACAGUGGUUGCUUUUUAAAGAUGUUUGUUAUCUCAGGAAGAUCAGCUGGAAUCUGAACUGGGUGUGUGGCUAUUAUAGGAAUUAAUUUGGUCUUUCUAUGGGUAUAAAUUAGUGCUGAACUCAAACCUGAUUGGCUGCAAAAAUUCAGAAAUGAAUCAAUAGAGUCUGCGUGAAAUAAGCACCAAACUGAAGGUCAGGUGCAGGGCUACACAAUUUGGUUUCAGGGUCAGAGCCGACGGGUCAAACGUCUCAACCAGUGUCAAAGUGGCUUCAGCACUGCAAUAGACUGACUUGAGUAUUUUACAGUCUGUCUUAAGACAAUGGGUGAAAAAUAGAAGCGUGUCUGCUCUGCAGUCGGGUGUAAAAUCUUUCACCCAGUCUAAGAUCGGUUCAGAUAAUAAUCUGGAGUCAGGUGAUUGACGGGGUCUCAGUCAUACCGGCCUAGAGACCAGUCAGUAACCCCUUUGACCUUCAGUCGCUAGAGGAAAAUGUGUCCCGCCUGGAUGGUUGGAUGAGUGCUUAAGGGUGACACUGUGUGGCUGCUUUGGUCACUAACCACAGUCGCCCGUGGAUGGAUACGAGUGGAAGUCCUCCAAACCAAGAGGGAAACGGAGCAGCUGCAUGAUUGGAUUGGCUGUAAAGUCUGAGACUCGAACCCACACUGGAGCAUGUGGAUGUCUGUGGCUGCACAAUUUUGACUUGAAUUUUAAAUCACACAAAUUGGGAGACCAAUAUUUGUUUUUCAAAUGUAAGACAGGCAGCAGGACUGGAUCUGCGCACAACCCUGGAAAAUAAUCGUCCUUGUGCUGUCACUUUAUGAAUUUGUGUUCCAAGUAUAUAUAAAUUUGAGCAGAUUUCUAAAAGAGAGGAUUAGAUUACAACUCGGGGGGGCAUCAUUUAUUUAUAAUUUAAAGUUCUGCGGUUAAAACUGUGCAAUCUGAACCAAAAUAUCAGUUCAUCGUCCAAAACUGAAUUUAAUCAAAGUUGUUUGUAGUUAACGAGCUUAUGCUUUGAGAUGACGUGUUUACGAAGGUGGGACCAGGGCGUGUUUGGCCUUCUGACUCCGUGUGCUAACAGGCCAGCGUAAUUAGACAGCAUCUGAUCUGAUCCAGGGUCGGGAUUAUUAGCAUUUCUGAAAAAAGAAAAAACUGAAAAUGUAAUUCCCAAGAAUAUUCUUAGUCCCAUUUUCCUGAGAUUACAGGCUCAUAAUCAGCAACCACAGCAGUGCUCAGGUUUAGUGCCUGCACUUAUCUACGUUUGUUUCCCUGAAGUACAAACUAAUGUGAAAUUAUAGAGAUCAGCCUCGUGUUUUUCUUGUUGCAGAUUUAUUUAAAUGUGAACUAAAAAAGAAGAAAUCCCGAAUAUUUUUUUGUGUGUUCAAACUGAUGAAAACAGGUUUGUCCCAAACUUCUGUCCAUGUUGUCCACAUGUUCGUGCCGUGAACAUGACUUUUACUGAGCUCUUAUUAAAACAUACAAAUGUUUAAAAGUAUAUCUAGAUGGAUAUAAAUAUCUAAAUAUAUAUAUAUAUAUAUGUACUUUAACUGUCUUUGAGAACAGAAGUGUAGUUACAACCUGAUGUUAUAUUUCAUGAAGCUUUUUUCUAAUACAUUGUGCAAUUUUUGACAGCAUGAUUGUGAAGAAAUGAUGACAUGUAGGUGUAAAAGAAAUGACUGACUUUACAUUUUUAUGCACAUACUACAU